AACAAAAAAAUCUAAAAUUUACAUUCUUUAAUGAAAAUGAGCAAACAAUAAGCAAAAUAAUGAUUAUUCACUACCAAUAAAAAUAAUAUAACUAAUUUCAUAGAAAUUGGAAAAAAUAUUUUUUUUUUUAUUUUGUUAUUUUAUACCAUUUGUUUUUCUUUUUUAUAUUUUUAAUCAUGUCUGCUAUGGAAGUGGAACAACACACUCCUAAUGGAACACCUAAUGAUGGCCCUGCUGUCACUGGUAUCAUUUACCCUCCUCCAGAUAUCAGAAGUAUGAUUUGACAUGAACAACAUGCUUUUUGAGAUACUAAUAAAUAUUCAAUUUUUGUUAAAUAGAAAUGAUUGACAGAGCUGCAGCUAACUUGUCUACUAAAGGACCAGAAUUAGAAAAUCAUAUUCGUGAAAAUAAUAAAGAUGGUCGAUUUAAUUUCUUAAAUCCCAAUGAUCCUUACUAUGCAUAUUAUAGAUUCAAAUAUCAAGAGUUUAAAGAAGGCAAAGCACAACAACCAAGUAAUCAAAAUGAAGAACAAGCCCAGGCAACACCACCACAAGAGCCUGUUAAUCUUGCACCUAAAGAGCCUGAGCCUUUUGAGUUUUCAGCACCCCUACCUGCCAUGUCUGCUCAAGAUCUGGAUAUUAUGAAAUUAACAGCACAAUUCGCUGCUCGUAAUGGUCGUGCUUUUAUUAACCAACUCGCACAACGUGAAUCUAGAAAUUACCAGUUUGACUUUUUACGUCCUUCACAUAGUUUAUUUCCUUACUUUACCGAACUUGUCAAACAAUACACUAAAGUAUUUUUACCACCCAAGGAUCUUCAGGAGAAAUUAAAGAAGAAUAUCGAAAAUAAAUAUCAUAUUUUAGAUCAAGUUAAGGAGCGUGUUGAAUGGGUUGCUUGGCAAGAAGCUGAAAAGCAAAAGAGAAACGAUGAAGAAGAAAAAGAAAGAAUUGCUUAUGCUAGUAUUGACUGGAAUGAUUUUGUCGUGGUUGAGACAGUUGAAUUUACAGAAGCAGAUGAACAAAUGGACUUGCCGCCACCUAUGAGUUUACAAGAAUUAGAAAGUAUGUCAUUGGCUCAGAAACGUAUGGCAGCAUUAUCUACUGAGCCUUCAGGAAAUUCUGAAGAAGUUGCCGUAGAACAACAGCAAGAAGAGAAUGAAGAUAUGGAGCAAUCUGAUGAAGAGCCUACUGAAGCACCAAUUCAGCCUGCUGCUGUACCUAAAAUACCAGAUACAACUGCACCUAUUAAAAUUCGUACCGACUAUAAGCCUAAAUUUUUGGGUGCAAAAACUACAAAAACUACUGUUCCAACUGAGAUUUGUCCUCGUUGUGGUGAGGCAAUUCCUGUAGAUGAAAUGGCAGAACAUAUGCGUAUUGAAUUAUUAGAUCCUAAAUGGAAGGAACAAAAGAUGGCUAUGGAAGCCAAGCAGAGAGAAAGUAAUUUGUUACAAGAAGGUAAUGAUGUGGCUAAAAUUUUGAAGAAUAUUUCUGGUUUGCGUCCAGAUAUUUUUGGUUCUGAUGAGGCUGAUGCAUCUAGAAGAAUUAAAGAGCAAGAAGAACAGGCAAAGAAAAAGGAUAAAAUUAUUUGGGAUGGUCAUACGGCUACUAUGGUAUUAGCAAAUCAAAGAGCUCAACAAACAAGUUUUGAAGAACAGAUGGCACAGUUGAAGCAACACCAACAGCAACAAGCUGCAGAAACCGCCAUUGGUCCUCAAAUUCCAGGUCAACAAAACUAUCCUCCUGGUGCAUAUUCAUCACCACUUUAUUACGCUCCUGGCCAGUCUUAUAUAAAUCAAGCACCAGGCAUGUAUGGCUCACCUAUGGGAAGCCCUAUGCCUGCUACCAGUGCUAUUCCUCCACCAGCCGCAGCUCCAAUGGUAGCACCACCUCCACCCUCUGUAUCUCCUGCUGUACGUAAAGCAGAGGAUGAUGAAAGCAAAGCAGAAAAGAGGCCUCGUACAGAUGAGCAACCAGCUUGGGGAACAGCUCAAAUAGAUCCUUCAUUCUCGGUUGUAGUUCAAACACCUAAUCUUCCUGAUAAACCUGAAUGGAAUUUAACUGGUGGACAAAUUACAAUACACGGCUUAUUACCAGAUACACUUGUUUCAACUUUAAAAGAUCGUAUUGCAUCUCAAUUGGGUAUGCCUGCUGGUAAACAGAAACUUUCUACUGCACAUACAAAUGUUGUAUUAAACAACAGUAAGACUUUAAUGUUUUAUGGAAUCACAGUAGGAACAUUACUGUUACUUGAAGUUAGAAAACGAUAAAUGUUUGCUUAUUUGAAAUUGUAAAAAAAAAGUAUAUACAGCAAUAAAAAUGUUACAUAAUGUAAGGAUAUCUUAUUGGAAUUAAAAUUCCCGUUUGUUGAAUCAAUAAACCUGUGUAUUGUGAGUUGUUAUUAUAUAAACAUGCAUACAUACAGAUUUAUAUUUGCCAGAUGAGAUAAGUGAGUCUAUUUCACUAUUACAAUUAACCCUCUAUUUAAUUUAGAAAAUAUUAUGGUACUUU